CUAAAUUCCGGCUUUUCUAAAUCUAUUAGGAGAGUCAUGAAUAGGGGUGCGACCUUUUCAUUGGCCCACCCUGUAUGUAUAAAGCCAGUGGCAUCUGUCAAAUGUAUGAAUAAAUCAACUAAAAGUUGAAAUAACAGAUUUAUUCUCAUUUGAAAUUGAAUUGACUAAUAAAAUAAUAUGACUGAAGACAAUAAAUUGUGUUUGCCGUUAGAUAAAGACUAUGUGAACUCGUUAGAUUUGCCAACAUUAAUAAAAAUGUUGCCAAUGUACGAAUCGAAGCAUAAAGAAGUUACGCAUCGCCUAGAACAGGUUCUAACAGAACGAACUGAUUUGGACCAAGAGCUGGCCCAAAGCGAACUUGUAAAACACAAUUUGGAAAAACAGUUUUGCUCUAAACAGCAAGCCUACCAGGUAGUCGCUUUAAGAGAAAAGAACGUACAAACUGAAUUAUCAAGAAUGAGCUUGAUGUGUCCAAUAUACGAAUUUCAAAUGAAACAUUCUUUACAAAAUGAAACUAUUCUAUUGUCAGAUACGAACAAGUCAGCUGCACCUGAGCCUACCAUGACUCAAUGGCUGGCAACUGAAAAGAAACUAAAUAACCAGCGAGAGCUGUUGGUAGCAUCAAUGGAAGAAAAGCAGAAAGAUAUCGACAAUUUUGUUACUAAACAUUUAAAAUGAGAAAUAAUUACGCAACUGUACAAGAGUGCAAAAUUUAAUUAUCAAUAGAAAAUAAAUAGUUAAAUUACAUAUUCA